CUCAUGUCGGGAAAACAACUGUUCAUGCAAUGCCGAGCCGAUACCGAACCAAAACAGUACAGUAUCGAGAUUACUCGUAUCUUGCUCAGCACUACUUUCGCUCUCCAUUCCCCAUUCAAUCUUUCAUUUCUGGUGAUGAUGCAUCAUGCAGCAGAGCAGACCCAACUAGCAAGCCUGAGCCCGCUCGAUCCCUGUGCAUCCUCAUCCUGUUCCUGUCAUCCUCCAUCCCUGCCUCGCAUGGACCGAGGCAGCGAGGCUCUUCCCCGCGAUUUUAAUUUCUUGACACAGGCAGACAGGCACAUCACAUGCACAUACACAAUUUUCGUGCUCUGCCUCGCGUCCCCCAAAUUCCAAGCGCUACCCGCUGCUCUGUCCUGGGGAAAAUGGUUUCCCCUCUCCGCAACGCUCGUAUCUCAUCGAUUUAGUCCUCGUUCGGGCCCAAGUCCGCUGCCGCCAAAGCUUAUGAGGCUGGGAGCUCCGUGCUGCUGGGGCUGGGCUAGACUGCAUUCGUGUCCACGAGCGAGGUCCCACGACCUACCCGAUUAUUAUUCCAAGGCCGGGUUUUCGAUGAUGAAAAGAUCCCAUCCCAUCCCAACCCAUCCCAUUUGGCUGCCAAUGCUUGCCUGCACACCCGCACUCGACCUGCCUGCAAGAAUGUGGAGAGCUGAUCAGGAAGGUGGAGACGUAAGUAAUUGACUUACCAAUUGAGUUGGAAGUAAGUUAGUACACGUCAGGUAGGUGACUGCAAGUACAAGUAUGUAGGUACGACCGUUACUUUCCUUCACUCUUUUACCCUUUCGAUCUUUUCCUUCCUCCCUCCCCUCCUCUCGCCACUUCUACCUUCCUGCCUUCUCUUCUACGCGCUCGAGAUAAGACGUCGCAGCUAUGAAGUUAUCAUUGCUUGUUACCCUCGUGGCAGGACUCUGCGCCAGCGCUUUCAGCCUCGAACGCCGCCAAGCUGCCAAUUGGACUGUCGGACAGACUGUACAGACGGAAAGCGGCCCAGUCAGUGGACACGCUGCAAAGAACAAUUCCGAGGUCUCGGAAUACCUGGGCAUUCCUUACGGACAAGCCCCGGUUGGAGAUCUGAGAUUUGCUGCUCCUGUCAAGUUCACAGGGAACAGCUCGAUCAAUGGAACGUCUUUCGGUCCCAAUUGCCCAGUCAAGAGAUCCAAUAGUAGCACGCCUUCUGUUCAGGCUCUCGACAAGGCCAAUGUCACAUCUGCUGGCAUUUCCACCUUGUCAAUCCUGAGUGCUACGGGACAAUACAGUGAGGAUUGUUUGUUCCUGAAUGUCUGGACCAAGCCUCAAACUGGUGACACGAAGAAAGCUGUUUUGGUCUGGCUCUAUGGAGGUGGAUUCAGCAGCGGAGCAGCUUCGGUUCCUGGAUACAAUGGUGCAAACAUUGCUGGACAGGAAGACGUUGUGGUAGUUUCUCUCAACUACCGAUUGAGCAUUCUUGGCUUCCCAGGAAACCCAAACUCAACAGCCAACCUCGCUAUUCUCGACCAGCGACUCGCUGUAGAAUGGGUCCGAGACAACAUCGAGAACUUUGGAGGCGACCCAUCAAGAAUAACUCUCUUUGGACAAUCUGCAGGCGCAGCUUCGGUCGACAUCUACUCCUACGCUUGGACAAAGGAUCCAAUCGUCGCAGGACUCAUUCCCGAGUCUGGUAAUGUCAUCGGCUGGGGCCUCCCCAACUCCAAGGAAUUCGGCGCCGCAGCAUGGUACAACGUCAGCGGAACUCUGGGUUGCGGAAACGCUUCUUCAGACUCUACCGCCGUCUUGGACUGCAUGCGCAAGCAAAACUACACCGACAUCCUCAACUCCAUCCCCCCAGCGAGUGGAACAGCCGCAAUCCUAGGCUACUUCGGCCCAACCGAAGACGACGUCGUAGUCUUCACCAACUACAGCUCCCGCGUCCCAGCAAAGAUCCCUAUGCUAAUCGGCAACAACGACUACGAAGCCGGCCUCUUCCGCACCCAGUUCGCCCUCAACGACCUCUUCUACCCCGACAAAUUCUGGAACGCCUUCAACCUCCAGGCUUUCACCUGCCCGACCGGCAUCCGCGCCAACCUAUCCAUCGCAAACGACAUCCCGACGUGGAGAUAUAGAUAUAUGGGCGUGUUCCCCAACCUAGCAGUCUCCAGCGAAGCAGGAACAUGGCACACCGCCGAAGUCCCCAUGCUGUUCAACACCGCGCCGGCGUCUCCCCCCGCCACCGCAGAACAAGUCAGUAUUGGCAACUAUAUGCGCGGCGCCUGGGCCACGUUCGCUAAAGAUCCGCAACAAGGCCUCACGAACUACGGAUGGCCCGUGUAUAACAAUAGCCAGGACUCGCUGGUGCGCCUGGGCUUUGAGAACAAGACGGGCCCAAACCUGAUCAAUCCAUAUCGAUAUGAUGCCGAUUGUGUGUUUGUCAAUGUGAGUAGUACGGAUAGUAGUGUAGAGAUUCCGGAUUUGCCGGAUUUGGGGGCCAGCGUGACGCCUACUGCGAAUGGGACGAGUCCAACGCCUACACCGACAGCAACAGGGACUGGAUCUGGAAGUGGAAGUGGGAGCGGGACCACGUCGCCUAGUCCGACGAGUACGAAUGCGGCGGAGAGCUUGAGGGUUGGUGGGAUGGUGGGCCUAGUGGCUGUGAUGGCUGUUGCGUUGGUGUUGUAGAUAUUUCGGUGAAAUGAGUGAGAUAAGAUUAAAAGAUUUGAUAAUAAUCACAUACACUGCUCCAAGCAGUAGAAUAUGAAAAAAGUUAAC